UUUAAAUAUUAUCGCUAAUUUAAACCUAACAACCAUUUUACGUUCACCACCAGACUUUUUAUACGUAUGGAACUUUUGUUAUCGUCCGUCGAGGACACGUGAAUGUACAGAAAACAACGAUGUUACUGUCAUGGACUGGCAGGUGCCCUUCGACGGGUCCGCAGUUUGGAGCCGUGUGGUCCCGCGAGGGUGCUGCUAUCCCACCCACGCCGCCGCUUUUUCUGGAGGAAGUGGACCAAAUCCCACUCGCACAAUGUCGUUCGCCCAGCGACUGUUCAACCUGCCUAUCCCGUACCCAAGCACAUUGAGCGGCCGGAUUACGUCGGCACUGGACUGAUCCCGGAAUGGCCUGACUUUAUCGAAAUAAAAAACACGGAGCAAAUCGAAAGCCUCGCCAGAGCAUGUCAACUCGCUCGACAUGUGCUGCUAUUGGCUGGCCAAAGCCUGAAAGUGGGUAUGACAACAGAUGAAAUAGACUUCAUUGUACAUCAGGAGACAAUCCAGCAUAAUGCCUACCCUUCCCCUCUUAGAUAUGGAGGUUUCCCAAAAUCGGUUUGCACUUCAGUCAACAACGUGGUGUGUCAUGGCAUACCUGACAGUCGGCCACUUCGAGACGGUGACAUCAUCAACAUCGAUGUCACUGUGUAUUUGGACGGUUACCACGGCGAUACGUCGGAAACCUUCCUGGUUGGUGAGGUGGACGAGGUUGGGCGGCGACUGGUGGAAACGGCAAGACGUUGCAGGGAUGAGGCUAUUGCGGCUUGCAAACCGGGUGCGCAGCUCUGCGUUAUUGGUAACACUAUAAGUGAAAUCGCUCAUGCUAAUGGAUUCCAAGUAUGUCCUUAUUUCAUCGGCCAUGGAAUUGGCUCCUACUUUCAUUGCCAUCCCGAGAUUUGGCAUCAUGCAAAUGACAAUGACAUGACCAUGGAUGAAGGAAUGACUUUCACAAUAGAACCUAUACUGAUGGAGGGCUCUGCAGAGUUUAAAAUCCUGAAAGAUAAAUGGACAGCGGUGUCCGCAGACGAUAAGAGAUCGGCUCAGUUUGAGCACACGGUCGUUAUCACUUCAGACGGAGUGGAAAUUCUUACCAAACUGCCAGAAGAGGUCACUCAUUAAUGUGAAUCACAAAUGUUAGAAAGUGUUUACUUAUGCAAAAAAAAAAAAAAAAAAAAAAAAUGCUUAAACUGUAAAGCGUCAGGACAAAUGUGUAAAUACCAACACAUUUAUAUCCAUUUCACAUUUUUUUUGUCCUCCCACCCCUUUCCAAGUCCCCUCAGCAUUUUAGCGACAUACUUCAAUUUUUCAGUUACGUGCGGUUUUUUAUAAAUCCAGUUUUAUUUAAUUGUCUUUUCUUGUCUGUGAUACAAACAAAAUAACUAAUUGGCUACUAUUAAUGGUGCUAAAUGUCCAAUCUAUUUGGAGUGGGAGCAGGGGUGAAAAUGGAAGUAGCCUAGAUUCGGGGUCGGAAAAUUUGAUUCUGAAAAUAGGAUGACAACUGUCAAAACCCCGUGGGAAAAAAAACCCUGCCAGGCUCCCACACACGCAUCUCCAAGAACAAAAUCAACUAACAUCAGAUUUACAUACACAAAUGUUACCAAGUUUAAUAAAGUGCUUGUGUAGCGUCAUCCGUUUCCACCGAUAUUUAUGUAGUCCAGGAAUUUAUGUUCACUGGCUACGUCUCAGUGUAUCUGAUGAAUCGUGUCGAUGUGCGAUGUGUUGUCUGUUAAGUUGGCUGACAGACUGACAUGUGAUCAACAUGUAUAGUUAGCUCUGAGUGGUUCAAAUGCAUGUGUUUUCUGGAAUAAAAAAAGAAGGUAACGAAAAAAUUAAUGCAAUAAAAAAGGGCAAUGCAACGGAAAAUUUAUCAAAUCUUUAAGAGGAAAGUGUUGAAGAGGCUUAUUUUAUUUGCUCUGAUGAGGUUCAGAUUAUCCUCCAUCUCAAUGUGCAUAUUUUGACUUUUUUUUUUUUUUUUGUUUGUUAGGCUACUUAUUGCUUUAUUAAAAAAAAAAAAAAGUCGAUGUUUUAUCUUACAUUAUGCACAUGAAAAUGGAAUAUAUGUCAUUUUAUACUUUUGUAUAUGUAAACAUUAACUUUUAAGUGCCUAUGACAGCAAAAAGCAUGUUUAUUUCAUAUUUCCCGCGGUAUUUCACGCUCCUGAAAAAAUGGACGGCUUGGAUGUGUGUGGAAGCGAUCGAUAUAUUACAUUUUUUGAAUCCCGCGCCAUGAAAAUGAGUGACUUCUUGGAUUG